UUCGUCGAUAGGGUGUGCGGUGUGCGAAAGCGGUCCGUCGUGAACGCGAAGUUUUGUUCGUGGUUCGCAAGUCUUCUCGGCUUGUUUUCGUUCGUGGAAUUAAUUACGAUCAGGUUUCUUUCUCCUGGACAGUUUCUAUUACUGUCCAUCGUCAGAGCCGCGUUGAACUUUUCAUUUCUUGCAUUGUGUCGUUGUUAUUAUCGUACCGAUCUCGAAACACUCUUCCGCGGAAGUUGAUUCGAUCGGCUAUCUUGAGAUUUUGAUCUUCGUGGGUUGUGAAAAUUUAAACCUUACUUUGUAGUUUAAAUACACGCGAGUGAGAAUUGUUAAGUGUAUCGUGUGAAAGUGAAAAUUAGUGAGCGACCUUGCGAGUCCAGCACUCGAAUCUUGAAAACCUCAAAUUGCUCAUACUUUCUUUCCUCCAUUCUUUUCGGAUCUUCAAGGGAAAUCUAUUCGCACAGACGUUUGAAUGGAGCGCCAACGUUUAUGAAAAGAUGAUUCUGCGAUGGUUCCAAAAAUUCACGCAUUCCGAUCAUCACCCUAUCACCUCUCCUCUUUAGUGAAUACCUAACCAAGUGAUGGAAUCAGAGGAGGACGCCAUACGAAGUGCGAAAAUUGGUGAGAUCGAGUCCGUUCCGGACACCCCUAGCAAAUCUUGUCUCCGUGCUCACUUGAAUAACCUCUGGUCCGUCUGGUAUGGCCUACUCCUCACGGCCCUUAAUUCCUACAUCGCGCUCCACUCUGCAAAGAGGUUUUUCGAUUUCGUGGAGCUGCCGUGGCCGACGGGCUACGAGCCGUCGAAGCAGGAGGUGCAGGGGAUCAUCGCCUCGAUCGGGGUGGCGACCCUGCUCAUCCUCUUCUUCCUGGUGGCGGCCACGUUCAAGGUGGGCAACUUGGCCAACGACGGCUUCAAGCUCGGCCGGAACCUGAGCACCUGCCGGGCCGACCCGCCCAACAGCCUCGCCCUCGGCUUCGGCUCCGGCUUCCUCGGCCUCUGGCAGCACGCCGGACCCACCUCCUCCUUCAUCCACAUCCUCAUCGCGUGCGCAUUUCUCGUUCCCAAGCUCAUGAUGGACGCCAGGUUGAUACAGGCCGGCUUUCUCUCCAAAGGUAAGAUUCUUGGAUUUUUCUUGUGCUCUCAUUUCCCGGAUCUAGUUCCAAAUGGAGAUGUUGCAUGUGUGAGGAAUUUGCGAUGUGACUGUUGA